UGUAAGAAACUUGGAAGAUCUUUUGGCGCUAGAAAUGAAGUAAGGUGAGAUUCAGCCAGCGGUGAAGUGGUUGGUUGAUGUUCCAAUGGUGGUUCCAUUCAGAAUGAACCAUAACAAACAUGGCAUGCUUGUUCGUUUGAAGAUUUUCGUCAACUCUCAGAAUUUUAACUCACAUGCUCCCAAACCGGCCAAACAACCAAAGCAAGAUAGACAGUCUCCAAAAGAAGAAUUGGACUACACUAUUUGCGGAGAUCGUAUAGGCAUCUCAGAAUGGAAGACUUUGGAUGCAGAGAAGCUUGGUGUAACUAGUUCUAUGAUUUCACACUCAUCUAUGUUUGUCCUGAAACUUCUUCGGAGCAAAGGAUUUGAGUCCUACUUAGUAGGUGGGUGCGUGAGAGAUCUAAUACUGAAUAGAAUUCCAAAAGAUUUUGAUGUUAUCACCACAGCAAAGCUUAUGCAGGUGAAAAAUCAUUUUCGCCGUUCAGUUCGUGCUCAAAUUGUUGGCCGUCGUUUUCCAAUAUGCUUGGUUCAUAUUAAAGGUUCUGUAGUUGAGGUAACUAGUUUUGAGACAGUGGCACGAACUUCCAAUGCGAAGGAACAAUUUUUGUAUUCUCAGCUGCCCAAAUGCAGUAAUAAAAAAGACUUAUUUCGGUGCAAAAACUCCUUGCGUAGAGACUUCACAAUUAAUAGUUUAUUUUAUGACCCCUUUGCCAAUAAAAUCUACGAUUAUACCAAUGGAAUGGCAGAUUUGAGGACUUUAAAGCUAGAAACUGUUAUCCCUGCUCAGUUGUCCUUCAAAGAAGAUCCUGGAAGAAUUUUGCGUGGCUUCAGACUUGCAGCUCGGCUAGGUUUAUCAUUAUCAAGGGAGAUUGAGGCUGCAAUUUGGGCAUAUUCUUCUCUAGUUAUGAACUUGGACAAGAAUAAAAUUAUGAUUGAAUUGAACUAUAUGCUAUCUUAUGGAGCUGCUGAACCAUCUCUGCAUCUACUUUGGAAAUUCAAAUUGCUUAAAUUUUUACUUCCUUUACAUGCUGCAUAUCUAGAUGAACAGGCUAUUGAAGAUGAUCAAGCUUCCAAUAUGUUGUUAAAGUUAUUCUUUCAUCUGGAUAAGUUGCUUGCUUGCGAUCGACCUUGUGAGUGUACUCUGUGGAUUGGAUUGCUUGCAUUUCACCUGGCAUUAGUAAAUGAUCCUCAAGAUGCUAUAGUGGUGUGGACUUUUGCAUCUGUUCUACAUCAUGGAGAGUGGAAAGAAGGUGUUAAAUUUGCUAAAGAAAAGGCCAGAAUGAGUGUUAAUUUUGUACCUGAAAUAAGAAAGUCUAAUAUAUACGAAUCAGAUGAUGAAAUUGCAAUAGCAGUUACUAAAUUGGCAUCUUUGGUGAUGCACUCGAUACAUGCAUUGGUUGAUAAAAGUAGUCUUCGUCACUUCAUGUGCAUGCCUAGAUACCCAUCUUCUCCACAAUCUGACAUGGUAUUUGUAUCCGGGAAAGCAGGGAAACGUGCUCAUACAAUUUUCCAAAUGCUGGCCAAUGAUGGUAAAUUUUACAAGAGUGGAAGAAGAAAAAAUUUGAAGAUAAAUUAUGACAUGCUUGGGAAGGGUGAACUUUCAGAGACUGGAUUUGUUUUAGGCAAAAUUGUACUUGAAACUAUGAGUAGUGGAAUUGUUGGGGAUGGGGAGGAUUCUGAAGCUGGACAAUGUCACCUAAAGACCGAGGGCACUGAAGAAAUUGGUCCAUUGCCACAUCCAGAUCUGGUAAACAAUCAAGUGGCGUCAAUGGAUGGUGAAGGUCAACUUUUAUCAAUACCAAAUUCAGAGUGCGGGAAAGGAGAAAACAAGAAACGGAAACUGGUUGAGGAUAGUUGUAUUGCGAGGAAGAAAAUGAGCUCGGGGAACCAUGAAUUGUCUGAGGAAUUUGAACGCAAGGAAAAUAAAAAACAGCAGCAGAAGCUAGUUAAGUUAAGCCAUAAGGUUGAUCCAUCCAUGGCGAAGUACUCCGCAGAAAAGAAUAUUUAUCACAGAAAACAACUGAUAAAUAAUAGGAAGAAAAUAACCAGUGCCAAUACAUGUCUAGACCAAACUAUGCCAAUGAAGACGGAUGAACACAACACAUGUACGGCAUCACAAUCUGCAGAAUCUGAUAAUCAUCGGGUGAUAGCUCACAACUUAGACAUGGAUGCAAAAACAACAGAUAACAACUUGGACGUGGAUCCAAAAACGCCAAAUGAAUCGGACUUGAAGAAGAAAAAAAAUAUGCGUUUAUCAAUGAUUGAACUUUUCAAGUGAAGUAACACUGAAACAGCACAUCACACAAGCUAAGUCUCCACUCCCAGUCUCUUCAAGCGAUGAAUGAAAAUUUUUGGUUGCAGUAGA